ACAAAGACAGAGUGAACAGAAGACUUCUUGCCACACAUUUCUACUGCCACCGAACUGAGAUGCCUGUAGAGACACGUUCAAUUAGAGACAGAUCUGCAGUGGGUCGGUUUCCAUCUGUCACUCUCGGACUUGGGGAAGACACAGAGGAAGAGAAGGAAGAGCCGGAGCCAGAGUACAAUGCUGAGAAAGAAAAUGCAUGUCGGCAGUGGCUGCGUAAGGUCUGCCCGUGCUGCUGCCCCAAGUCAAAUGACGAUGACAUCACAGACACUGUGGUCACAGCCAUUGAUGACCUAGAUAAGGGAGAAGAGACAAAUGGCGAGAAGCCUGUGACUGGUGACGGCGAGCUUGAUGAACUCCUCCUGAAGGUGCAAUCAAUAGACCUGAUGAAGAGCAAAUCAGGGCAGAACCGCACAGAGCACCACACAAAUCUCUACCAAAGUGAUGACUUUGUUAUUCGCAGAGGACAGACUUUCCAGAUGUGGAUUACCCUGUCUCGACCUUUUAACCCCGACACUGACAAACUUCACCUUGAACUUAAAACAGGGCCACUGCCAGCAGUGGCAAAGGGAACCCAUGUCAUCAUCCCUUUGGUGGAGGACUUGGAGGACAAUCGUUGGGAGGCUGCUGUUGUGAAACAGGUUGACAAAAGGAUAAAGCUGUCGGUGAAUUCUCUACCCACGGCAGCCAUCGGCCGAUAUCAGCUCAUAGUGGAAACAAAUUGCGCAAGCGGCAAGGCCGUUUCCAAGCAUGAACCUGCUAAUGACAUCUACAUGUUGUUCAACCCCUGGUUUGAAGAUGACACAGUGUUUAUGGAUUCUGAAGACGAGAGGCAGGAGUAUGUCCUGAAUGAUGUUGGACGGAUCUACUACGGCACACAGAAUCAAAUUGGAGUGCGGACAUGGAACUAUGGGCAGUUCAAUGACGGGAUUCUUGCUGCCUGCCUCUAUGUCCUGGAGAAGAGUGGAACUCCUCCGUCUGGUUGGGGAGACCCAGUUAAUGUGGUGCGAAUCAUCUCAGCCAUGAUCAACUCCCCAGAUGACCUCGGUGUCCUGGAGGGAAACUGGUCCGGAGACUAUUCGCUGGGAACUAGUCCAACAGUUUGGAGUGGAAGUGUGGAAAUCCUGAAGGAAUACUAUAAAAACAGCGGCACUCCCGUUAAGUAUGGCCAGUGCUGGAUCUUUGCUGGAGUAGUCACUACAGUUUUAAGGUGUUUAGGCAUUCCCAGUCGAACUGUGACCAACUUCAGCUCAGCUCACGACACAGACGUCUCCUUGACGACAGACGUAUACCUGGACGAGAACCUGGAGCCUAUAGCUUACCUCAAUGCUGACUCUAUCUGGAACUUCCAUGUGUGGAACGACUGCUGGAUGGCUCGUCCAGACUUGCCCCCAGGCAAUGGAGGCUGGCAAGCUGUCGACGCCACACCUCAGGAGACCAGCCAGGGCACCUUCCGCUGUGGCCCUGCUUCUCUUGCUGCUGUCCGCAACGGUCAAGUCUACCUCAAACACGACUCUCCAUUUGUGUUCGCUGAGGUUAACAGCGAUAAAAUAUACUGGCAGAAGAAUGUAGACGGGACCUUUACUCAAAUCUACAGUGAGAAAAAGACUGUGGGACACUUCAUCAGCACAAAGGCUGUUGGCUCCAAUGAACGCAAUGAUAUCACACACCUUUACAAACACCCUGAAGGCUCAGAGGAGGAACGCAUUGCUGUGGAAACAGCAUGUAGAUAUGGCACCAAAGCAGAGGCCUUUUCCUCUCCCACAGCAGAGGAUGUCUCUGUAGAAGUGACCAUGGAGGGUGAAGGUCCUAAAAUGGGAGGAGAUGCAGAGCUGAGCCUCAUCUUGCGAAACAGCAGCUCAGAGCAACGCAAGGUCUUCCUGCACAGCCAGGUGGCAGUCAUGUACUACACCGGUGUCAACAAGGCCACAGUCAGAAAGGACAGUACAGACGUGGACUUACUGCCCAACGAGGAAAAAGUGUUGGAGUGGACACUGGAGUACAAAGACUACAAGGACCAACUGAUAGACCAGGCCGCCCUGAUGAUGACACUGUCAGGCAGAGUCAAAGAAACACAGCAGGUCCUGGCCACUCAGUUCAGUUUCCGGCUCAGGACCCCAGACCUCAUCCUAAAGCCAAUCGGGAAGCCUGUGGUCGGGGAGAAGAUGGCAGUAGAGAUUUCAUUCACUAACCCACUACCACAGGUGCUGAAAGCAGUCAUAUUCCACGUGGAAGGACUGGGCCUUCUAACUGCUCGAAAGAUUAAUUAUGGAGAUAUUGGCAGCCGUGCUACUGUGUCUCUGACUGAGAACUUCGUCCCCACCCUGCCUGGACCGAGGAAAUUACUGGCUUCACUGGACUGCAGGCAGCUCACACAGGUUCAUGGCGUGACCGACAUCACUGUGCAGGAUAAAAGCAACGGCACUCUAUAAUAAUUUGAAAACAGAGGCACUUUGACAAUGAAUAUUCCAUGAAAACCACUAUUAGGUUAUACCUUGUGACAACGGUCUACAAUAUACAGGUGUGUAAAAAGGCAGCUUAAAUAAAAGAAGUGUACUUUUGUAAGGACAGGCUCUCCACUGAGAUCAUGCUUUAUUUAUACAUAAUAUAUUUAUUUAGUUAAUUUUGCCAUGUGUUGACAAUGAGAAUUAUUUUAUUUAAAUAUCCAAAUACUGCUGUAAAUGCUGUUGUAUUAUUAA